AUGGCCAGUCUCCUGGCUCUCGUUCUAUUCACCGUCAUCCAUAUCUCGAGAGCAUGCGACUGGCCGGACGGAUUCACGCCCCCCGCGGCAAUAGACCUCGCACAGCAAGCACCCUACGUUUUGGACGGCAUUGUCGACGCGUUUUUCGACCCCGAAACGCUGCGUUGCAACGACGGCUGGCCCGAGGCCGACAGCCUGUCGCAGUCCCUAUCUCCCAGCGCUCGCGCGAGCGCGUUCCCCCUGUACGGGGCGGCCAUUUCUGUGCGCCGAGCCCUGAAGCACAGCCCGCAACUGCCGAGCGAGCAGCAGGGGCCGAGGUGUGGCGCUGACGCGGGCACCGAGAAGCCCGUCCUCAUAGUUGGCUUCGGGGCGCGCUCCGCGUGCCGCGCAGGGGACCAGGAGGUCGGGUCCAGGGUGGUGGCGUUCGCUUCGCUGCACACGUUCGAGUGCAGCGGGCGGCGCGUCCUCGCGCUCUUCGAGCCCCCGGGGAACCCCGCGCUGACCCUCCCGUCCGUGCGGCCCGCCAACGGCGCCCUCAUCGACGACGUCGCCGCCGCCGUUGGCAGCAGCGCGCCGGAGCCCUUGCUGUGCACGGACGGAGCGGUCGCCGGCGGCAGCGAAGCGGAGCAGCCGCGCCCAUGGCUCGACAUCGAGGCGCUGCGGUGCUUCGUGGCGUCGGGCACGGUCGCCGCGGGCGGCGGCGGCGACGACGGCGGGUUCGUUCAGAGCGCAGGGUUCACGCUCGGCAUCGUGGGCGUGGGGUCCGCGUUCGUCCCGAUCCUGAUGAUCCUCGGCGCGUUCUGGAUAUGGGACCACAAGCUCAGCCCGUCCGCGCGGCGGCGGGCCGCGCGGCGGCGACGGAGGGAGCGCCGUGCGCGCGCUCUGGAGCAGCGGGAGGCGAUAGUUGCGGCGGGCGGCGAGGCUGCGGCGGCCGGGAUCGCCGAGGACGUGGGCGAUGAGGUGUCGGCGUCGUCGCGCGACUCCGGCAACGAACUGGAACACCCCCUGGAGACGCUGUUCCGACGGAAGAGCUCCAGGAAGCGCGGCACGGGCGAGGGGAAGUGA